GUGCCACGGAAGUCCCGUGGGAGGGGCGUGACGCACAUCCGGCGCGUAGCUGGCGGUCCCGGGUACUGCUGGUCUGUGUGCUUUGAGGGAGGGUCGCGCCGCCAGCCACCGCGGGAGGAGCCCCUCGGGCCGUUAUAAACAUCAAUAAUGUCUUUCAUCUUUGAGUGGAUCUACAAUGGCUUCAGCAGUGUGCUCCAGUUCCUAGGACUCUACAAGAAAUCUGGAAAACUUGUAUUCUUGGGUUUGGACAAUGCAGGCAAAACCACUCUUCUUCACAUGCUGAAAGAUGACAGACUAGGCCAGCACGUACCAACACUGCAUCCCACCUCAGAAGAACUGACAAUUGCUGGAAUGACUUUUACCACUUUUGAUCUUGGUGGACACGAACAAGCACGUCGGGUUUGGAAAAAUUAUCUGCCAGCGAUUAAUGGGAUAGUUUUUCUGGUGGACUGUGCGGAUCAUUCUCGCCUCGUGGAAUCCAAAAUUGAGCUUAAUGCUUUAAUGACUGAUGAAACAAUAUCCAAUGUGCCAAUUCUUAUCUUGGGAAACAAAAUCGACAGGACAGAUGCUAUCAGUGAAGAAAAACUCCGUGAAAUAUUUGGGCUCUAUGGACAGACCACAGGAAAGGGAAAUGUGUCUCUGAAAGAGCUGAACGCCCGCCCCAUGGAAGUAUUCAUGUGCAGUGUGCUCAAGAGGCAAGGCUACGGCGAGGGCUUCCGCUGGCUCUCCCAGUAUAUUGACUGAUGUUUGGACAGUGAAAAUAAAGAGUUUUUCUUCUGGACUGAUCCUAUUCACAGCUUCCUCAUGGACUUUCCUGAUACAACAAGGAAAGCUCUCCAACCAUGUCUGGCGUUGAGAAGCCAUGCAUCUCUGUCUACGCUCAUCGCCCAGUGGUGACAUGUGCUCUUCUCCACUCGUGGGAAGUAACACUGCCUGCCUGCUGAUGCAGGUCAGUGUGCAGGGACUUGGGCUGGCAGGAUUUGCCAGGGAAAGCUGGGUGCCAUCAUGGGACACCUGGAAAGAAAAACACGUCUCACCACUGGUUGAUUUCAAAAGAAAGUGAUUCUAUUUUUUAAAGAAAGUGUUGUUAAUGUAAUUGGUAUCCCUUCUCUAACUUUUUGAGUUCACAAUUUACUUGGUCCAGAUUUUCUAUUCUUUUUUUUUUUUUAAACUAGUAAAUGAAAUUUAGAUACUUCAUAAAAUUAUGAAUAGAUAGCGCGCUGGAGGCCAGAGCUCCGCUGUGUAACUGCCUUGUUGGAGGUGGCACCUGAGCACAAGUGCCAGGAGAGGACGGUGCCUUGGCCUCACCGGGGGCGGUCUCCACUGUGGUCAGGGGAGUCCCUCACGUGGAGUGGGAAAGUGUCAUUGUUACAUUGUCAGCUUUACUUGCAGUUUGCGGUCAGCAGGCUUUGCUUUUAUACUGUUGUGGAAUUCCAUCUCUGUGUAGCACCUUGCUUUUUUCACUGUAGAUAUAAAAAGUGACUUUUGCCUCAUGGAAGAGUUAACAUCUCUCAUGUAGACCCCAUGCUAAGAGUGUCUCAGAAGCGUUUGAGUAAUUCUAGGGGAUGGACAUGUUCUGAACAGGAGGGACACAGGUCACAGUCAACAGCUUAUGGCUCCGAAUUCUGUUGGUAGAGAACCUCUCCGUCUGCGCUGGUAGCAACAAGUGAACCUAGGAACUACUCAGUGGGCUCCUGUUUUCCACUCCAGUAGGAAGCAGAGAAAACAUGAAAUGGCCUUCCUGUCUGGCUCUGGGGCACCCCCUGGCAGCAGUGAGCACUGGCAGGAAAGCAGCAGUCCUCUGAGGAUUAUGAGCGUGAUUUUUACAGCAUUUCGUCUUGGGUUUUCAUGAUAUUAACUUUAUCUUCUCCCCCUUGUAGUAGAUGGAAGGUGAGGAGACGGUCUGCAGAAGGGAGGGUGUCUUGCUUCUUGCUUUUCUUACUGCAAGGUGAGAGGUAGGUUCUUAGGUGAAAAUUACGAUUUAGCUGCAUUGUGACAGGCUUGUGUCCGCAAGAGGAUAGGGAAGAUGGGUAGCACACUCCUGGAGAGUGAGUUCUCGCGUGUUAGUUUUGAACACUGAGCUUAUGGGACAGUGUUCUCUUAUACGCUGCCAGGUUCCCAGUGUAGAGGCUUGGUGAGGUAUCUUGUCUGUAAAGUACAUGCAUUGUGCACCCACGAAUAGGUGGAAUGAGAACUGUCGGUGUGGAAAGGGUUGUUAAACCUUAAUGAAGGAAUCUAGGUGACGGCAAGUGAACUAGGGUAGGUACCUGGUGUGCUUUUCACUCACUGUCUUUGGCUAGAGGCUGCCCAUAUGGUCUCUGUCCAGGCACAUGGCAGUGAUUGCCUCAGAGUUGGUUUUCUUAUUUGUCUUCCUCAUUUGUCCCUGAUCUCCCUAUAGCAAGCUAGAAGACUGGACUCUGCCCAGGGUGGCUCUUUGUGAAAGUGGUUUAUUCUGGCCACUGGAGAAAGAGAUGACUGAAAAGUGGCACCAGUCUGUUUCCUGCCCCACAGACACCAUCUUAAAUAAGGUGGCCAGAAGAAGCUGCUGCAGUGAGCACAACUCCACCCGAGGGUCAGGGCCUUGUCCAGGGCCUCCGAUGAACUGAGACUCCAUUCUGUAUAUCAGAGUGCACAUGUGUCCUAUUUCAGCAAAAGUAAAACUGUCAUUUACAAAGGAAGGUCAGUCUGUAUCCUGAGCAUUUUAAUAAAAAGCUAACAUGAA